AUGGAAGAUGAGGACAUCACAGGAGAUUGUGGAGGAGAAAAGACAAUGAGCUCCACUAUGGAUGGAGGACUUCACAGUGUGGAUAGACCAUGGAUUCCCUCCGACUCUGAGCAACCUCGUACUGACUGGAAUGAUUGUGGAAUUCGGGGGGAUGAGAAUUUUUCCUGUCCUAAAUGUGGGGAAAGGUUUUACUCUGAAUUAAGUAUUUCUAUACAUCAGAGAUCUCACAAAAGGGAGAAGCCGUAUUCUAAGUGGGGGAAAUGUUUUGCAAAAAAUUCCGAUGUUUACGUCCAACCUAGAACUCACUCUGGGAAGAAGAUGUACACCUGCUCUGAGUGCGGGAAAUGUUAUCUACGGAAAGUAGAACUUGACAGACAUCAAACUUCUCACACAGGAGAGAGGCCGUAUUCCUGUCCUGAGUGCGGGAAGGCUUUUCCCCUGAAAUCAUCACUUCGCAGACAUGUGAAAUCCCACACAGGUGUGAGGCCGUAUACCUGUUCUGAGUGUGGGAAAUGUUUCCCAGAGAGGUCCCGUCUUUGCAGACAUCGUAAAACUCACACAGGGCAGAAGCAAUAA